CCGAUAUCUUCUCUGCAAGAAUUUUCUUCCUCAAUUUCCGUUAACAGUGGAUGAUGAUGCCGGCGCCUGCGGCCCAGAUAUAUCUAUAAAAAUAACGAUAUUGGCUGAUUCCACAAAGCCGGAGCCACAAUCUCUUGACGUAACUCCAAUUCACGAGGGGAUAUUUUUUUUUUUGACAUUUUGUGGGGAAGGAAGCAGAGCUGAGAGAGUGUUUGGUAGGUGGGUCGGUGGGUGAGAGAAUGAAGAAGGAGACGGUGGUUGCAGUGGUGGUCGGAGCGGCGGCGGUUUGCGCUGCCGCUGUUGCGGCGGACGCGUUGGUACGCCGGAGGAGGCAGAGCCGCCGGCGGGAGAAAGUGCGGGCGAUUGCGGAUGGGUUCCGGCGCAGGUGUGCGACGCCGAUCGAGAAGCUGCAGCGGCUCGCCGAUGCUAUGACUGACGAGAUGCACGCCGGGCUGCUGUUGGACGGCGGGAGCAAGCUCAAGAUGCUCGUUAGCUACGUCGACAAUCUGCCCACUGGAGAUGAGAAAGGGUUGUUUUAUGCGUUGGAUCUCGGUGGGACGAAUUUCCGGGUGAUGAGAGUGGUGCUCGGCGGGCAAGAAGGGCGAGUGGUCAAACAAGAAUCGGUGGAGGUCUCCAUUCCUCCACACGUGAUGACUGCAACCUCAGAUGAGUUGUUCGAUUUCAUUGCUCAAGCUCUAAAGAGAUUUGUUGACACGGAAGGUGAAGAUAUGCGGCCGUCUCCUGGUAGGCAGAGAGAACUGGGUUUCACAUUCUCGUUUCCAGUCAAUCAGACAUCGAUUUCCUCAGGCAAUCUUAUCAAAUGGACGAAAGGGUUCUCCAUUGAUGAGACGGUUGGACAAGAUGUUGUGGCCGAACUGACGAAAGCUAUGGAAAGAGUCGGUGUUGAUAUGCGCGUGGCUGCUUUGGUGAAUGACACAGUUGGAACACUGGCUGGAGGAAGGUAUAAUAACCCUGAUGUCAUUGCAGCUGUGAUCUUGGGCACUGGAACCAAUGCAGCAUAUGCAGAACGAGCAAAUGCUAUUCCAAAGAUGAAGGGUGCUCUCCCCAAGUCUGGUGAAAUGGUUAUCAACAUGGAAUGGGGUAGUUUCCACUCCUCGCACCUUCCACUGACAGAAUAUGAUAAAGCCCUGGAUAUUGAAUCCUUGAAUCCUGGAGAUCAGAUUUUUGAGAAGGUGAUUUCUGGUAUGUAUUUAGGAGAAAUCUUACGCAGGGUUCUACUAAAGAUGGCUGAAGAAGCUGCCUUGUUUGGUGAUGUUGUUCCUCCAAAAUUGACGUCUCCAUUCAUCUUGAGGACACCGGUUAUGUCAGCAAUGCAUCAUGAUACAUCCUCAGAUUUAACAGUUGUUGGAAGCAAACUAAGAGAAGUCUUCGAGAUAUCAAAUACAUCCGUAGAAACGAGAGAGCUAAUUGUUGAGCUGUGCAACAUAAUCGCCACCCGUGGGGCUCGUCUAUCAGCUGCUGGUAUUUUCGGCAUCCUCAAGAAAGUUGGAAGAGACACAAUUCAGAAAGGGGACAAGAAGAAGUCGGUGAUAGCAUUGGAUGGAGGGUUGUUUGAGCAUUACACCAAGUUUAGAGACUGCUUGAAAUCCACCCUAACCGAAUUUCUUGGAGAUGAAGUUUCAGAGAGCGUAACCAUUGAGCUCUCAAACGAUGGCUCUGGCAUUGGUGCAGCCCUCUUGGCUGCUUCUCAUUCUCGAUACUUAGAGGCUACUGAAGAAUCUUGAGAGAGCAUCAUGUGUAAGGCAGUAGGUAGACAGAUAGAAGGUCAGACCUCCCCUUCAGACGUGUAGAACAAUUACUGGAAGCAGCAUCAGAAUGCAAAAGCUUCCCCUGAAGCAGCAGUUAUGGCUCCGAGCUUUACCAUUUCGGUUUAUCGUUCUGCAUGUUUCGAACAAUUAUUUAUAGAGAAUAAAAUGUGUGAUCGAUGUAAACUGUUGAGUAGCCGUAGUCAGGCAAAAGGGAAAAUUUUGUUUCUGUUGAUUCGGUAACCCAACUAUCAAGCAUCCUUUUUGUCUUAGUUGGUUACAACUUACAAGUUAUUAAAAGCUAUCUUUAUCAUCUUCACUGAGACCAGAAAGGCUGCAAAGUCUAC